AUGCAAACAUUAAUUAUCCUCCAUCUAAGUCUGCUUUAUACUCUAGUAACUACAACAGAUUUCAGCGGUCCUGCGGUUGUCUUGAAAGAUGCUUUAUCGACUCUGGAGUAUGCUGGCAUUUCUCUUCUUCCAGAAACUUCAAUCUAUCUUGAAUUCUAUGGACAUACACUACAGGGUCGUCUUCUUUAUGCUGAAAAUCCAUCGGUGGGAACCUUCAUAUCGCUUAGAAUUAAUCGACCCGGAAUGUUGCGCUUCGAAAUGAAACUGCCAGCAACAAACCGCAGUCAUCAGUUUACCAUUUUAAGUGCAAAACUAGAUCAUCGCGCAGAUAACUGGCAUAGUGCUACUAUACACAUCUCUUUGACCAAAAUGCUAACUGUUCUUUAUGUAGAUGGAAGCAAUGCCUAUCCAGCUCAUCUGACGGAUAAGGUGCCUGAUACGGCAAUGAAUGCCUUUGGCGACUAUCUGUAUAUCGGUCGUCUGCCACCUUACUUGAUAUCAGACUCCACCAAGGUGGUGCAUUUUACCGCAGCGAUUGAAACGUCAUUUGUGGGUAUUAUAAGAAAUAUAUUUGUAAAUAGUCGUGGUCUAAUACCUUUAAACGCUUACAAUGGCGCUGAAAUUACCGCUGGAUUAUCUUCCUGCUAUUUGUUGGACCGACGAAAACGCAAGGCUUUGAAGACAUUCAAUAUUUGCCCUCCUACAGCAGAUUGCUUAGAUAGCUCUAGCGGACCUACAUGUGGAUGUACCAAAGAAAGUCGGAGACAGUGGAUUUGCCAAUACAGUAAGUGA